AUUACAACACAGCAGCAACAGUCAGCGCAGUCUUGUUUGUAUACGGCAGGUGGAGAGGAAAAGUCUCGUUUACGCAACUGACAUCCUUUAACCACACAAAAUGCCACAAAUGCACCCGUGACACCGCGACAAUCCUCGAGUUUUGUGGCUGACCAUUCACGCAGGACCUAACAGCAGCUGACAGACAGACAGACCGGGCUGACCCAAGUUGACCGGAGACAUUUUUAGACGGAUUCUGCCAUUUCAACCUCCCUGUUGAGUGAGAGAGAGAGAGGACAGAAGACACAUCAGUCAUGGACUACGCCGCUUCAGAGAGCCACUGCUCGGAGCUGGUGGCCAGAGAGAGGAGCGGACAUACCGCUGUGGUGGAGGACAACCUGCUGUAUGUGUGGGGAGGAUAUGUGUCAGUUGCUGAUAAUGAAGUUUUCCUAUCCAACAAUCAAAUCUGGGUGUAUGACCUACAGCAGGGUGUAUGGGAAAUGUUUCACAUGACUGGUGAAGUACCUCCCCCAAUGUCUGGGUCCUGCGGCUGCUCUCUGAAUGGACACUUGUACAUAUUUGGAGGUUGUGAUGUCAACGGACAGACCAAUCAGAUUUACUGUGUCAACCUGACAGACGGUAAUUACACGUGGAGGAAGAUCAUACCUGAGAGAGGCUGUGCUCCCUCACCUCGAGACAAAGUGUCCUGCUGGAUUCAUGAAGGACGGUUAAUCUACUUUGGAGGGUAUGGUCACAAACUACUGGCUGAUAUCGACCACAGGAACAGAAGCUUUAUUGUAGAUGAAGCAGCAUGGGUGGAGGACGUUUAUUGGGGAUGGAACAACGAGGUUCACAUAUUUGACCCCGUGCAAGCCAGUUGGAGUGAACCACAAACUCAUGGACAUUCUCCGGCCCCUAGGGCCGCUCACGCCAGCGCCACCACUGGUUGCAGAGGAUACAUCUUUGGAGGCAGAGUCAUGGAAACAAGGAAAAGUGACAUUCACUUUCUGAAUUUAGAAACAUGGACCUGGUCAGAAAUAGUCCCUGUGUCGUCGUCUCCAGUGGGCAGAUCGUGGCACUCACUCACAGCUGUUUCAGACAGGACCUUGUUCCUGUUUGGAGGUCUCAGUUCAGACUGCAAACCAAUGAGUGACGGGUGGCUGUUUGAUGUCGAAGCAAAGAAGUGGACAGAAAUUGAACAUCCUCACGAAAAUAAACCACGGUUGUGGCACACGGCGUGUCUCGGGAAAGACUCUGACGUUGUUGUGUUUGGUGGAAGCUGUGACUACAUCCUUCUUGUCGACACAGGUCACUGCAAUGAUGCACUCGUUUUUCAGAUGCAACCAUAUCCCUUGUUCAGGAUUUGUGAAGAUUUCAUUGCAAAGAACGUGAGGAACAAUGAGUUGCUCCGAAACCAGCUUCCCCUGCUGCCGCCCCAACUACUCACGGCUGUACAGAGGAGGAUGGCUUUCUACAGACCUUCCAAGAAGCAAACAUAAUCACGAAAUGCCUAGAAUAUUUUCAUAUCAUGGCUUAUUUUUUAUUAUGAUUAUUAUUAUUAUGUUAAAGAGGCAACAAACAACUUUCCUGCCCCUGGUGGUUCCUGGGCUGAAUGUUAUAAAACUGCAGAAGACAUUGGUAAGGACACAUAGCUGGUGUGUCCUUUCAUUUAAUUUGAAUUUCUGUCCUUGAAUACAGAAUGUUGUAGAGGUCCUUUGUAUCUUAAAAUUAUUUGCCAUUUUAUCGACAAAAGAAAAGGAAAAUGCUAUUGUUUUAUAAGUUAAAGAGAAAAAAGGUGUCUAUUCCAUCUUUAUCUAAGGACUGUGCUCUCUGCAAUGCCUCACUCACACUGUUGGGUUGUAUUUUUAUUUAAACAAACGUUUUUAUGUUACCAAUUACUGUUCACACACUUAAAAAAAAAAGUAAUCUCCUGUGGUGGAUUAUUGAACAGCUCACACACGCAGACCAACGUUUAAACCCCCCCCCACUGUGUUGCCAAUUUUUAUAUAUAAUGUAAAACAAAGAUACCAGAAAUCUUCAGGAAGUGCAACUUUUCUUAGAGCUGCAGUGCUUUUACUGUAAGUUACAGUAGUUUUUGUUGCUGUUAUCUUAUUCCAUUUAAAACUGCUCUCUGCUCUCUUUUAUUUUAAAGUAUUAUUAUUAUGGUGCUAUAUGAUACUGAUGACUGUGUUUAUGGGAUGUCUGUAAUGAUUAAAAGACACAGUGACAAGUC